GUUUUAGUUCUCUUCUUUACUGGCGAAAGAUGAAAACGAAAAAGCAUUUAAGACUUUCUGCGUCCUAGUUAAGAUUCGACUCUGCGCUUUUUGGAAGCUCUCUUCACAGUUCUGGGUUUUCUAAUCAAAUUAUUCGAAAGAGUCGACUUUUCCUUUUUACGAACUUUGUUCUUUUGCUCCUCUCGCAAGAACAAAUUUUCAACUCUUUCAAAGUAAUUGCUACUGCUUUUAGAAGUAGAACUUCUUUUUGAUUCGUGCUUAGAAAGCAUAAGAUUUUUUACUCUGAAAUUUUGUGCUAAUUAAAAUCAGACCGACUGUACUUUCUUUAUAUGUUGAUUUCUGGCCACUGGAACUAAUCGAACUGCUAUAAUAAUAAUAAAAAGGACAGUUAGAUCUUACUUCGGACCCAUUUUGGAUUAGGAGCUAUAUCGAGCCAAAUGGUUUGUAUUAGACUUGUAUCAGUGUGGGUUUGCUUGAGCGUUUACAACUAUUUUGUAUUGACGACUCCUAUUUAGCCAGUGGCCAUAUUCACAAUCAUGGAGAAUUAUUGCUUUUGUUGUCGUUUGAACAUCCAACCCAAAACAGUUGUGGGGUUCCUCUAACCCUGAUGAUCCAGCCAAAAGAAAAAUGGCCAAAUGGUCCUGGCACGUGGAAUCUAAGAACAUGUCAACCAGGCUCUGAUCCAAAAGCUUAAGCCUGUAGGUGGACAGGCCUAUGCUUAAAAACACCCAUAACCAUUACACAUGGAUGACUUUGCGGAAACUGCAGAAUUUGAUGUUAAUGGAAAGAGAGUAAAGUCCCAGAACAGACAUAAAACAAGAAAAGGUAACCAGAGACAAUCAGAAAAAGACCGGGGUAUCAGAUCAUCCAUGUUUGGACAAAACCUCAAAGUUGAUGAAGACCAAUUGUAUGUGAGAAAUGGCAAGAGCACCUUCCAAAGGAGUGACAUUGGAGAUUGCUAUCAUGAUUCAAAGAAAACAGAGGAAGUCAGAUCCUUGGACAUGAAUGGCAGAGGGAAGAUGAUGACAAGGAAAUCUAUGGAGGGCAAAUAUCCUCAGCUCUAUGAAGAAAUAGAUUUGGAUAAAAAAUGUAUGCCCCUUCUUGAUUACUUGACCACCUUUGGGCUCAAGGAGUCUCACUUUAUCCAGAUGUAUGAAAGGCACAUGCCUUCCCUUCAAAUUAAUGUGUGUUCCGCUCAAGAAAGGUUGGAAUACUUGUUGAGUGUUGGUGUCAAACAUAGAGAUGUGAGAAGAAUACUUUUGAGACAACCACAAAUUUUGGAGUACACGGUGGAGAAUAAUUUGAAGUCCCAUGUUGCUUUCUUGAUGGGUUUGGGUAUUCCAAGUUCCAGAGUAGGCCAGAUAAUUUCAGCUGCUCCCUCUCUGUUUUCUUAUAGUGUUGAGAAUUCAUUGAAACCCACUGUUAGAUACUUGGUUGAAGAGGUUGGCAUUAAGGAAAAAGAUUUAGGUAAAGUUAUACAACUUAGCCCUCAAAUUCUGGUUCAGCGCAUUGAUAUAACAUGGAAUACUCGUUAUAUGUUUCUGUCAAAGGAGUUGGGAGCUCCAAGAGAUAACAUAGUCAAGAUGGUGACAAAACAUCCUCAGCUCCUCCAUUACAGUAUCGAUGAUGGGUUACUGCCUAGGAUCAAUUUCUUGAGGGGUAUUGGGAUGGGUGAUGCUGACAUCUUGAAAAUUUUAACGACCCUUACACAGGUGUUAUCUUUGUCACUGGAGGAGAAUCUAAAGCCCAAGUAUAUGUACUUGAUCAACGAACUUCAUAAUGAGGUGCGUUCAUUGACAAAAUAUCCAAUGUACUUAAGUUUGUCUUUGGACCAGAGAAUUCGUCCUCGUCAUAGAUUCUUGGUUGCACUAAAGAAAGCUCCGAAAGGACCAUUUCCUCUCAGUUCACUGGUUCCAACCGAUGAGUGCUUUUGUCAACAGUGGGCUGGAACCAGUUUAGAUACAUAUUUGGCAUUUCGGCAGAGACUACUGCUCAAGGAGUUUGCAAAGAAAUAUGAAAAGAAAGGAUAACACACUGCACUCAGGUGUGGCCUAUGUACUUGGUAGAGCAGUCUCGCCAUUAACUUCGGCAACCAAAAACUUCUUUUUGCCAAUGUUAAUGAGGUUUUUCGGUUGAAGUUCAUCUUUGAUUUUUGUAAGCCUCAAGCAAGCAAAUGUUGUGCCAUGGUUCAAGGAUGCGGUAUUCAGCACUGUAAUUGGCGCUGACGCUAGUCUUAUUGCGAAGUUGAUAGUUAUAUUCUCAUCAAGGGCCUGCUGGGGGUUUUAUCUACAAAGUUAUGGUAAUCUAAAAGCAAGAUGACCUUGGAAAACUAUGCCUGAGUGAAGGUCAGCUUUGAAUCCUUGAACAAGAAAGUGAAUGAUAAUAGAAACGGAUGGUGAUAUAUUCUAAUGGCCCUUUGACCUUAUGGCACCUCCAUCCGUCCCAUGUAUCAGACAGUGUGGGACAUCCAGGAUCCAAUUCUCCUCAGUUACCUAGAAAUGAAGAUGGUGGAUACACGUUGGAGAGGUUUUUUUUUUUCUCCCUAAGCUGGGUAUACGGUGGAGUUGGACUUAGCAUUUGAAUUUUGAUAGUUCCAAUGUAAGGUUUUGUUAAUGUAAACUGUUUAUGUGAGUCUGAUCUGGUUAUAACCUCCCAUUUAUAAACAUUCAAUAUCCAAAAUCAUUGAAGUCUA